GCUGUACUAAUAUCUUUGCUGUUUUGUGACAUCUGUCUCCGAGUGGGUGAUUGUCGUCGGAUCUGGCAACCCCCGUACGGACCCAGCCGGUGACUCCUGCGUCGGCUCCUCUCUCAGCUGAACCUCCGCAGAAGGUCUUUUCCAUAUAGCCGGCUAGCAUCAUGGCGAGCGUUGUGGAUACCAAGCUAUACGACAUCCUCGGAGUUUCACCAUCUGCCUCUGAAAACGAACUCAAAAAGGCCUACCGCAAAUUGGCUAAAGAGUACCACCCUGACAAGAACCCUGAUGCUGGAGACAAGUUUAAAGAGAUCAGUUUUGCAUAUGAGGUACUGACAAACCCAGAAAAGAAGGAGCUCUAUGAUCGCUAUGGAGAACAGGGCCUACGGGAGGGAGGAGGCGGUGGGCCUGGCAUGGACGAUAUCUUCUCUCACAUUUUUGGUGGAGGACUAUUUGGGUUCAUGGGGGGGCAGGGUAGAGGACGCAAUGGAGGCAGGAGGAGAGGAGAUGAUAUGGUUCACCCUCUGAAAGUUUCUCUUGAAGACCUCUACAAUGGCAAAACCACCAAACUGCAGCUCAGUAAGAAUGUGCUGUGUGGUGCCUGUAAUGGUCAGGGGGGUAAGGCAGGAGCAGUUCAGAAGUGUGUGGCAUGCAGAGGACGAGGUAUGAGAAUCAUGAUUAGACAGCUGGCACCUGGGAUGGUCCAACAGAUGCAGUCAGUCUGCACAGACUGCAAUGGAGAAGGUGAGGUGGUAAAUGAGAAGGACCGCUGCAGAAAGUGUGAGGGCCAUAAGGUGUGUAAGGAGACUAAGCUUCUUGAGGUGCAUGUGGACAAAGGCAUGAGACAUGGACAGAAGAUCACAUUCUCUGGGGAAGCUGACCAAGCACCUGGCGUCGAACCAGGAGACAUAGUCCUGGUGCUGCAAGAGAAAGAACAUGAGGAGUUUCGUCGUGAUGGCAGUGACCUUCACAUGGUCCAACGUAUCGGCCUGGUUGAGGCUCUGUGUGGCUUCCAGAUGACCGUUGCGCACCUUGAUGAACGCCAGUUGCUCGUCAAAUAUCCACCCGGCAAGGUCAUCGAGCCAGGUUCUAUUCGAAUGGUGAAGGGAGAGGGAAUGCCUCAGUACAGAAACCCAUUUGAGAAGGGAGACCUUUACAUCAAGUUUGACGUCCAGUUCCCUGAAAACAACUGGAUUAGCCCUGAAAAACUGAAUGAACUGGAGUGCUUACUCCCUGCUCGUGCUGAGACUCCUGUGAUUGCAGCAGAUGCAGAGGAAGUUGACCUGACAGAAUUUGACAAGAGUCAAGGGUCAGGAAGCGGAGCCAGGAGAGAGGCCUACAAUGAUAGUUCUGAUGAGGAAGGGGGCCAUCAUGGCCCAGGGGUGCAGUGUGCACACCAAUAGAAAGACUCAUACAUAAA